AUGCCGGGCGCGCUGCGCGAGGAGACGGCGCAGCUGCUGGCCGACUACUUCCAGCACCGGCUGGGGGCCGCGGCGCUGCCGCCCAGCCGCACGGCCGAGACGCUGCGCCGGGUGGCCGACGAGCUGGAGAGCCGCGAGCGGCCGUUCUUCCGCGACGCCUGCGGCGCGGCGGCCGCGGCGGAGCCGGGCGAGGCGGCCGCGCUGCUGGGCCGGGUGGCGGCGCAGAUGGAGGCGGAGGGCGGCCUCAACUGGGGCCGGGUGGUGGCGCUGGUCGUGUUCGCCGGGAACCUGGCGGCGGCGCUGGCCGAGCGCGGAGCUCGCGACGAGACGGGCGCGCUGGUGGAGGCGCUGGCCGCCUACUUGGCCGGGGAGAAGCGCGAGUGGCUGGAGGCGCACGGCGGCUGGGAUGGCUUCUACCACUUCUUCAAUAAGCAUGACUCGGAUGCAGCUGACCAGAGCAGCACCAUAAGCAAUGCCAUCAUGGCAGCGGCAGGGUUCGGUCUGGCGGGAUUGGCUUUCCUCUUGGCCGUGCGAUAGACUCCAUCGGUGGACUCGAUUCUAAACGGGGUUGGGUGGGUGCUCUCUGCUAAAACUGCCAACAUACCAUUGAAAAGUCCAUUCUAUAUUUCUAUGACGGUUGGAAGAUGGAAGCAAAUAUAUAUAUAUUUUUAACUCAAGCUGGAGCAGAACAUUAACAAGCACAUGCGACACCUGGAGAGAAACGCUGCUUAACACGUGUUCUGCGAUCGGGCAUCUUCUGGAUCUUGGUGUGAGAGCUGUGAUUGUCGCAGAUGGUUUGUUCUGGUAACUGCAGAGUGCUGGAUGUUAUCCUAAAUGUCAGUGGUGGGCUUGCAACGGAACCCAAAUGAAGACCUGUUUGAAUUUCUUCUUAGUGUGUGUGUGCGUGUAUGGUGGGGGGGGAGGGGGGUGUUGCCUUGUGAAAUGUGAGCCAGUAUUAACAAGAAUGAAGAGCUUAAUUCCACCUGUGUGCAAUGCAAACAGUCCUGAGGCCUCUUACCGAUGUAUAGCUGCAAGAUCCAUAUUGCACAGAGCAUUAUAGCUUACAUGUUUUUGUUAUAAUGGCAUUAGUAUAAGUUACACUACAAGUAAGUGAAAAGAAUGUUGAUACCAAAACAGUAAGGCUGCAGAACCAGUUCUUAACUGAAGUGAGUUUAACUAUUGAAAAACCUUUUAAAAAUUGGUAUAUUGGGAAGUCCAUUGAAGGCUGGGAUUUCUGUGGAUUUCCUGUCAAAUCCAGAAACUCCAUAUAACUUAAUAUAUUUUUGAAGUAUUUAUCAUUGUAUAAUACUGGUAGCUGGUUAACAUCUAUUUUUGUUAAAUUCCAUUUUUUAAAGAAAAGCUCUCAAACUGCUUUCUUGGCUGUACCUGUCCUAUAUCUUGUUUAACAGUUCUAGUUUUGGUAUCUGCUAUACUGUGUAUUGUAAAAAAUUGUCUUCAGAAGUGUUCAAUGUCCUUUAGCUUGUACAGUUUUAAUAUGUGAAUAAACAUAACUGAAUAUUUUUAUUUUAAA